GCUGUAUAUGAUUAUUCCUCUGUGGGCUCUGCUCUCCAUCACACAGACAAAAACACAAGAUAAUUGUGUUUGUGAGUUCAUCAGCUCAGGAAAAUCCUUUCCUCAUGACAAACUCAAAAUGGUGCAGGACAGUGCAUCCAACUGCAACAGCCUUGUCACCCCUCAGAACACCUUGGGGUUGGAGAGUCUGCUGCUCGGUCUGGACCGACGACUGCCUGAGCUGGAGGAGGACAUAGCGAUGCUGGAGCAGGAGGAUGAUGGCAAACUGUACGGUGCUCUCAGUUUGCACGUGAUUGAGAACGAGCUCACUGAGGUCCAACAGCUGAUUGAAAAACUCAACAGCACAACCUUUGAGCACAAACUCCUGAGUGAUAACACAGCUCAGAAGUUGGAGAAUGUGAAAGAAGAAAUGCAGGAACUGGAAACRUUUGACGCCAUGCAGGUGGUGAAGAACCAACAAGCCAACCAGCGCCUAAAGAGAGACCUGGACCAGUGCAGGAAUGGUGGACUUCAUCCCACCCACCAGCCCACCAAGCCUACAGAAGGAACCUGUCCCCACGGUCGAUUCCUAAACRUCACCGGACCGAGAGUCUUCACAGCAGGAGAGUAUCCGGGUUCGUACAARUAUGGAGCCUGGGGUCGAGAUCCCAAACCAGAGGAGGGGAAGAAGAACUGGUACUGGCUGGUCAUGAUGACGUCCAGCAACGUUUUCUCCAACUACGUCCGUUUCUACUCCAGCCUGAGCUCUUUAAUUGUUGGAGUGAGUACCCCAGGUAAUGUCCUGAUCCAUGUAACUAACCCAACCACCAACACCAUCCAGGGUCCGAAUGUGGUUCUGUUCGGCGAUGCCCUUUACUACAACUGUUACAACAGUUAUUCUGUUUGUCGAUUCAACCUCACAGCAAAAACUAUCACCACAUUACAACUACCCCAGGGAACCAGGUACAACUCAAAAGCUAAUUUCUGCCACCUUGAUGAAUGCUACGUAUACACCGACCUGGACCUGGUCACAGAUGAGUCUGGUGUCUGGGUGGUCUACACCACCACCCAGGACUUUGGAUACUUGGUUCUGUCCAAGGUGGAGGUGGAGAAGGACCAGCAGCUGACUCUUGGUCAAACCUGGCGCACUUCGUUUCCCAAAAACGGUGUCACCAACACCUUCAUGGCCUGCGGUAUUCUCUACGCAACGCGCUACGUUGACAAGAACUUGGAAGAGAUCUUUUAUUCGUUUGACACCACAACAGGGAAGGAGAAGUUUAACAUUGGUAUCUUCAUAAAUAAGAUGUCUCCUAGUAUUCUUUCCUUAAACUACAGUCCAGUGGACCAGAUGCUGUAUGCCUACUGUGACUCCAAAAUGGUCUCCUAUGAGGUUUUGUUUCAGAAGGGGGGCGACUACGAUCUGUAUGGUUCUUUUAAGUGACAGACGUUUUACUGAMAUCAGUGUAUGCUGUAAAAAAUCAUAAACCUGAUGGUUUAUUUAUAACCAAAUUCCACUUGUGUUUCCUUCUACGCCUUUUCAAUAAAAUUCGUCCCUUCUGCUUUGCACUUUUUUUUUCAACAGAUAAACUCAAUUUAUAAUUUCAGCCAAGAAUGUAAGGAGUAUUGUAAAGAAUUUGACACGAUCUCUGAAAUUCUGAGAUGUAUUCUUUAUUUCUUACUUGUUACUUGAUCAGUACAUGGACAGAGACAUCUACCUUUGUAUUUAUAUAGUAUACAUAUAUUAUAUUUAAAUUUUACAAUACACAUUUGAAUGACAAUGAAGCAGGUGGGAGUCUUUCUACAGUCGUGAAUAGAAACAAGCUAACAGGGAAGACCCCCACAAUAUAAAACAAACAAGAAAAAUAAAGAACUUAUUGCUUCAUACAAAUGAUUCAUAAUGGCAGUAAGAAGAAGCAUAAGAGUAGUAGUAACACAUUUAUCAAGAUUAUUAUACCAGUAUGAUGUUACACCCUACAGUUACCUAUAAAAAAAA